AUGUACAAACACGUGCACUCCCGCCCAAGUCACUUCCUGCCCUCCCCAUCACCCUCCGGCCUCCCCUCCUUCUAUUACCUCUUGCUGCAAACACCUUCUAACCUUAACACUCGCGACUCCCUAGACGAGUCCCUCUCAUUUUCCGAGCCUUCACUGCGUUUUCCGCGUCCCAUAGGCAACAGCCACCUUGCCAACUGGAUCUCCACUAGCGACCCUGACAUCAUGCGCAUCACGUCCCACCCCACCGAUGACGCCGGCCUCGCCGGCUCCACAUACGAGCUCAUCUCGGGCACCGACGACUGCGAGUCCUGGUCCCAGGACGGCAACGACAACGACAACGAGUGCAUCAGCGAGUCCAUCAGUUCCCUCGACCUCCGUCGUCCGGACGAUGUUCAGAGCUCGGCUGAUACCGAGCUCCUCUCCGACGACGACUUUACUCCGGUCCCCGCCGACCCGGCCGCACUCUACGACCUGGAAUACACGGCCUCCCCUCCUUCGAUCCUCCCGGACCAUGCGUCGCCUGCCGUACCCGAGGCCGCGCAACACCGGCAGGCUCAGCAUCACUGCGUCACGGAUGAGAACGACGACGAGCCAGAGUCGGACGAGGACCAGGCAUCCUCCCGUUCCUCCCUCGAGUAUACCCGGAACAGCCUCGAGGUGCCGUCCAUCGCUACACCGCCGCCCCAGUCGGCGCCGGUGGACGGGAACCGUCUGCGUCAGGGACUGAACGAUGGUACCAUCUCCCUGGCUCACCCUGCCUUCCUCGCCCUGGCUGCUGUUCAGCUGUACUUGCUCAGCUGUCUUUGCCAUGGCCUGUUUCCUAGCCUGGGCCCGGCGGCCUGGAGUGCGGCGUCCAACACGCCUCCGGUUCCCGCUGUUGCCGUCAAGACGGCUCAGCCCUCCGUCCUCACCACCCCCACGCGAUCUCCAUCCUCCCCGUGGUCCCUGGCUACGCAUCAGGGUAGCGAAGAUGGUAGCGGCAGCAGCAGCGGCAGCAGCAGCAGCAGAAGCAGCGGCCUCGGGGACGUUGAUGCUGGAAGUUUCAUGCUGCCUGGGGACGAUGGCAGCUCGUCCGAGUGGCCCUGGGAGGCAAAGAAGCCCGUCAUCUCUUUCCACCCCGUGUCCCGCCGUGACUUCCAGGUUCGGGUCCCCCAGCACGUCAUGGACGCCUGGUCGUCCAACAACUGCCGCGCCACCUUCACGGCGACGAGAGACGACGACCACGAUGUGAAGAAGACGGUCUGCGCCGCCGACGACGGGUUUCUUGUCAGGUUCCCUCACCGCGAGGCCUAUGGCAUCGUCGAUCUCGUCGUCGAGUCUGCGUGCAAGCCCCGUCUGAGGAAGGCGGUCAAGAUUCGCUUUGCGAAGGGCACCUUUGACACUGUCAUCGACCUAUACAACAAGAUAUCCGAACACACCGAGCACCAGGCCGAAGCCGUCUGGGAGACCUGGGCUGCGCCCGUCUGGCGCUCGGCCAUGACGUCUAUGCAGUCGGCAUACGACGAGCGCCCCACCACGAGCGGCAUCGUCAAGGACGUGUCCGGCGUCUAUGAAGAUGUCAAGGCCCGGCUCAGCGGCAUCGUCAGCGAUGACGGCAUUUCCAGCCACGCCCGAGCCCACUUGGACAGCCUGUACACCGCGGCCCGGCGUCGCUGCCAGGGUGUCCAGACGUCCAUCAUCAGCAGCGUCGAGGGCUCGACGCACCUGGAUACCCUUCGGCGGGAGGCGACUCGCCUCGUCCGCGUGGCCCAGACGACGGCCCAGCUCGACCUGCUCAACGCCCAGCUCUCGGCCAAGAUUGCCUGGCUGUCUGUCCUGGGGAGGACCGAGGAGCGCGACGAGUACCGACGCAAGGCCGCCUUGUUCAUGCAGGAGAAGCUGGCUGAGGCCAAGAUUAGGAGGGGUUCUUCGUCUCCGUCGUCGUCGUCGUCGUCGCAGGUAGAGGGUGAGCAGAGGUCAUCGUGGUGGGAGUAUCUCGAUCCUCGGUUCCAGCCUGGUGAGAUCUUCACCUGCGAAUAA